AAAUGUGGGCACACUGGAGAAAUUUUCUGGUAGUAGCUGUGCUGUGAAAAAUAUUUAUAGUGAAAAAUAUACAUCAGAGCUACUUGCCAUUCUUCGGUGGAAAAUUAAAGCACAGUAACUGCGCAGCAAAAAACAAUACAGAAACAUGGGCGAUGUUAUGAAUAUCGACAGCAUCAUAUCAAGACUUCUGGAAGUGCGUGGGGCACGGCCAGGCAAAAAUGUUCAGCUCUCCGAGAGCGAAAUUCGUGGCCUCUGUCUGAAGUCGCGAGAGAUAUUCCUCUCGCAACCCAUACUUUUGGAGCUGGAAGCACCAUUGAAGAUUUGCGGCGACAUACAUGGCCAAUAUUACGAUUUGCUGCGUCUCUUUGAGUACGGUGGCUUUCCCCCGGAAUCAAAUUACCUGUUCUUGGGCGACUACGUCGAUCGUGGAAAACAGUCGCUGGAAACCAUCUGCUUGCUGCUCGCCUAUAAAAUCAAAUACUCCGAGAACUUCUUCUUGCUGCGCGGUAACCACGAAUGCGCCAGCAUAAACCGCAUCUAUGGAUUCUAUGACGAGUGCAAGCGCCGCUAUACCAUCAAAUUGUGGAAGACAUUCACUGAUUGCUUCAAUUGCUUGCCAGUAGCGGCCAUUGUGGAUGAGAAGAUAUUCUGUUGCCAUGGCGGUCUCAGCCCGGACCUCUCGUCGAUGGAGCAAAUCCGACGCAUUAUGCGUCCAACCGAUGUGCCAGAUCAGGGUCUUUUAUGCGACUUGCUGUGGUCCGAUCCGGAUAAGGACACCAUGGGCUGGGGCGAGAAUGAUCGUGGCGUCAGUUUCACCUUCGGCGCUGAGGUUGUGGCCAAAUUCUUAGAGAAGCACGAGUUCGAUCUCAUUUGCCGCGCCCAUCAGGUCGUCGAGGAUGGCUAUGAGUUCUUUGCAAAGCGUCAGCUGGUCACACUCUUCUCGGCACCCAAUUAUUGCGGCGAAUUUGACAACGCUGGCGCAAUGAUGUCUGUGGAUGACUCUCUAAUGUGCUCAUUCCAGAUUUUAAAACCGGCAGACAAGCGUAAAAAGUAAUAUCACCAAUAAAUUUCCCACACACAAACACAAUUUUCUUUACAAAGCAGGCAACAAACCAAUAAGAAAUUUAAUGAUUCAACCAGGGGCAAAUCUAAUUUUACAAACCUAGCACCGACUAUGCGGCCAGAGAGGGAAGAACCGAACGCUCUGCGUCCAGUAAAAAACUUUAUAAAAUGCAACCCAAUCCUGGACAACAUUUGACCUUUUAAGAAAUAAAGAGAUUUGCUUCAAUUACAAAA